AUGCCACGUAAGCUACGUAAGAAUAUACGUAAGAGGAAGGGAGCAUUGAAACAUCCAAUAGUAAAACUGACACCACAACAACAGUUGCAACAACAAAUGAUGAAUGACCCCACUAUGUUGCAACAAAUGUCAAGCAACCCUAUGCUUUUAAACCGAGUUAUUGGUGCACAGAGUGGAGGUUUAAGAGCGGCACUUUUAGCGAAAAUGGCAGGCUAUGGUGGAGCUGCAGACGGAACAGCUUAUAACCCUCAAAGUCAAAUGAAUUUGAGUUCACUCAAAAAUCAAAUAACAGAUGUCAAAAAGUCAAACAUAGACAUACAGAAACAAAUAAGUGAAAACGAAAAGAAACUAGAAUAUGACAGACACACAAAGAAACUCAAUGAGUUAAACGUAGAGAAAAAGAAGAAAGAAGAACAACUGAAAGAACUAAGUACAGAGGAAUAUGCGAAAAAAGUGUCAGAAAAAGCAGCAGAAGUAGCAAAAAUGGAACAAGAUGUUAUAAAUUUGAAAAACCAUACUACUCAAUAUAAAGUACUGAAAGAUGAAGAGAUAAAACAAAAAGCCCUGAAGACAUAUAUGGAUAGCGAUGAGUAUAAAAAAGAAGUUGAAGCAAAUGUAAAGGCAGAAAAACUUUUACAGUUGCAAAACCAAACCGUACAGUAUGAAAACUUAGCACAAGAAAGUAAAAAUAACGACGCAGCCAUGCAAAAGGCAAUGAAAAGCGCAGAAUAUAUAAAAGCUAAUAAUGACUGGUUAGAUGCCCAAGCCAACGCUAAAGCAGCCCAACUUAUAGGGUCAAUAAGGACAAAAAUACAAGCGGAUGAAGACAGUUCAAAUGAAGCUUUAAUGAAUGCUGACUUUAAGAACGCCUUCGAAGCUCUUCAUAGUAAGGUGAAACUAGUGAACGACUUCUCAUCUGGAAAGAAACUGAAGUCUGAAGGUUUCGACAAAGAGUUAAGAGAA